GCAGGGCAGGGCAGGGCAGGCCGCUCCAUCAUGGCUCCGGCAGGCCGGGCGGGUUGCGCCGUGUCGCUGCUGCUGUGCGGCCUGGCGCUGGGCUGGCAGCGUGCCGGGGCGCUGCACACCAAGGGCUCGCUGCCGCUGGACACCGUCACCUUCUUCAAGGUGAUUCCAAAGAACAAGUUUGUCCUGGUGAAGUUUGACACCCAGUAUCCUUAUGGCGAGAAGCAAGAUGAGUUCAAGAAGCUGGCGGAAAGUUCAGUGUCCAGCGAAGAGCUGCUGGUGGCUGAAGUGGGAAUAUCAGAUUAUGGUGAUAAACUGAACACUGAGUUGGGUGAGAGAUACAAGCUGGAUAAGGACAAGUAUCCUAUUUUUUACUUGUUCCGGGAUGGCGACCUUGAUAAUCCCUUACCUUAUAGCGGCCAAGUGAAAGUGAGCGCUAUUCAGCGCUGGCUGAAGAGUAACGGCAUCUAUCUGGGCAUGACGGGCUGCCUGAAAGAAUAUGACAUCCUGGCAGGCAAGUUCAUGAGCACCACUGAAGAAUUGGAGCGCCGAGCCCUUCUCAAACAGGGCCAGGCGAGUUUAGAAAGAGCCAAGGAGACGGAGAAGAAAUCUGCUGAGCAGUACUUGAAAAUCAUGAGCAAAAUCCUGGAGCAAGGAGAAGAGUUUGCUGCCAACGAAGUUGUCCGGAUCACAAAACUGAUUGAGAAGACCAAAAUGAGUGACGGGAAGAAGGAAGAAUUACAGAAAAGCCUCAAUAUUCUUGCCUCCUUCCAGAAGAAGAACGAAAAGGAUGAGCUCUAACAAGCUGGAGAACUCGGUACAAGCUGUGAAACUGGUGGGAGGAGUCCCCUUCCCUUCUUACGUGAGCAAACUUCCCAUCGACUUCAAGGGAGCAACAAAAGUCCUUCUAACGUCCUUGGUGCUGUCGACUACUAAGAGGAUGACAUUCCUUUCACAAUAACAGUAUUCUGUAGCUGGAGUUCAAAAAAACCAUCACCAUCUAAAGUGA